AAUAAAUCCCCGCAAAAGACGUGUAUGCUGUGUUCUACAUUAGGAAGUUAAGGAACCAGGAACGUCAACUGAUCCGUGUCUUUGCUGUGAAGAAAGCAAAGCUGUUGAAGGAAGGGGCAAAUGGAUCCUCUUCUAUGGCACAAAGUUGCUGCCAUCUCUGGAGUUGCAGCUCUUGGGUUGGGAACGUAUGGUGCCCAUGUCUUCAAACCCCAAAACCCAACUUACAAAGAGGUUUGGCAAACAGCGUCCCUGUACCAUUUGGUUCACACAGCAGCUUUGGUUUCUGCUCCUAUAACCAAGCGCCCCAACGUUUUUGGCGGCCUUUUGAGUGCUGGUAUUAUCGCAUUUUCUGGGACGUGUUAUACUGUGGCAUUGCUUGAGGACAGAAAGUAUUCUACCUUGGCUCCUUUUGGUGGAUUCGCUUUCAUUGCUGCUUGGGCUUCCUUGCUAUUCUAAAUGGAUUUUAACUUAAAUGGCGGCACAAGGCGGGGCGUAGGUGCUGAAUCUGCCUUUCCUUCUCUACUUUCGUUUCAUGAAUAUAAAGAUCAAUGUAUUUAUUCUGCGACUAGGUGAUAUAUAAUGCAGGUGUUGUUCAUAAUAAUGGAACUUUAGAUGAUCAGAUUAGAACAUGUCCAACGGUUGUCUCUAUAGUUUUAUGCAAACCAUUUAUGACUUAUUAAGUACAUGACAAACAGCUUUUAGAUA